AUGUCGGACGGGUACGCCACGAAAGAAGAGGCAGAGAAAAUCUUUGCGAAGUUGAGACAGCACCCAGCCAAUCAGGUGUGUUUUGACUGCCCCAACAAGAACCCAACCUGGACGUCGAUCCCCUUUGGCAUUAUGCUCUGCUUGGAGUGCUCAGCUGUUCACAGAAACUUGGGUGUCCACAUAUCUUUUGUCAAAUCGCUGAACUUGGAUUCGUGGCAGAGAAUCCAGUUGAGACACUUCAAGUUUGGCGGGAACCAGGUAGCAAAAGAGUUUUUUACCAAAAACGGCGGGUCGCAGUAUGUGAAUGGUAAAGUCGAUGCGAGCACCAAGUAUCUGAGCCCCGUGGCCAGAAAGUAUCGGGAAAAGUUGAAGAAGACCGCACAGCAGGACGCCAUAAAACAUCCUAAUGAGGUCACGCUAGACGACACGCUGGACUCGUUGCUGUUGGUUGAUGGGUCGCUGUCGAGUGCCACAGCGUCAACAGACGAUUUCUUCUCAAACUGGAGCAAACCCAUCAAUACAUCUUCUCCUUCACCUUUAGGGCUGAGGCCUUCCACUCCUUCUGGUCUUACGUCCAACGGGGCUGGAUCAAACCCAGUGUCUGGUGACGAAAGUAGUGCUAGUGUGGGUGCCAGGCAGCCUGUGAGAACUGCUGCAGCUAGAGCAAAGAAUAAUGCCAAUGUGCUUGCUGCGAAGAAGUCUAUUCUUUCGAGUAAGGGCAACGGGCCCAGGACCUCCCGGGCGACUGCAAGAAGAGUGAAGCAGCAAGAAGAAGAGAUUGACUUUGAUGAGCUCGAAAGAAAAGCUAAAGAAGAGGCUGAGGAAGCCAAGAGAUUGGGUUAUAAACCAGAGCCAGAGACCACGACCAUUUCGUCGCCUAAGGCAGUUUCUACUGCGAAACCUGCCUCGUCGUUAUCCUUGGGCAGCGCUGGUGGAUUCGGUUCCACUGCGCGUGAAGAAGAGACACCAAAGCCCGUAGAAGAGACUACUGUUCAGUUCCAGAAGUUGGGAUUUGGCAUGACCCAGGGAGACAACAACUUGGAGGCAACGAAGAAGAAGUACAAGGACGUUGCUUACACAGGGGAGGUUGCCAGCAAGUACGGCCAGCAAAAGGGAAUUUCGUCGGACGAAUACUUUGGCAGGGGACCCAGAUUUGAUGAGGCUGUGAGACAAGAAGCGCAGCAGAAGCUCCAGGCGUUCAAUGGUAGCCAGUCGAUCUCGUCGAGCUCAUAUUUUGGUGAAGACGAGCAGGCGCGUCAGGGACCCAGAAGAAGUCUGGGUGGUCUUGGAGAGAUUGAGAGCGCCGCGCGAGAAUUUGCACUGAAGUUCUCUGGCAACGCCAACCAGGAUCUCGAGGUGUUGAAGGAUGCAUUGGAGGAAGGAGCCACCAAGCUAGGAGGGUACUUGAGGGACUUUUUGCGUUAA